AUGGCCGACCCUCUUAGUAUUACCACGAGUUUUCUCGCGCUCAUCGACACCGCGAGCAAGUUGACUCGAUCUCUGAGCCUCGCGCCAAGAGUCGACGGCUACCGGCUUCAACGCAGCCUCGAGGCUCUUUCCGAGAUCCUUAGACUCGUCUCCUCUCAUAACGAGCAGUUUGACGAGAAACUGACUUCCUCCAUUUUGCCUGGCGUAGGCGAUGCCAUGAGCCUGGCUGCCUCGCUCAUCGUGAAACUGGAGACCAAGACUGCGCGGCUUGGUAUUACCGUGGCUGAAUCAGAACUAGAGCGGGUUCGAGUAACCCUCGACCAGUAUACGAGCCGUAUACGAGACCAUUACUUGCUGUAG